AUGGCCAAAAAAUUAUCCCCCAGAGCCCAAAGUGAGAGGCGCCAGUCCCUGGGGACAUGGAUGGCCAAGAAUAUAUCUAAAAAAACUAAAGAAAAUAUUGUCAAGCAGAUGUACAAAGAACUUACUUGUUAUUAUGGGCUUGAUGACUGCAGCGCUGCCUUUGACUACUUGCAGCUGCAGUCUGCAAGUAGCCAAAGGCCAACGUUUGCUCAACGCGCAUGUUUUGUGGACGCGUCUCUAUUGUCAACGCGUCUUCGUCACUUCCAAUGUUUGCUCAACGCGCGUGUUUUGUGGACGCGUGUUUAUUGUAAACGCAUCUCUUUUGCUACUGUUCAAUCUUUCGUCAACACACAUUUUGUGGACGCGCGUCUCUUGUCAACACGUCUCUUUCGUUUCUGUUCUAUCUUUCGUCAACACGCGUUUUGUGGACACGCGUCUCUUGUCAACGUGUCUCUUUUGUUUCUGUUCUAUCUUUCGUCAACACGUGUUUUGUGGACACGCGUCUCUUGUCAACGCGUCUCUUUCGUUACUAGUUCUCUAUCAUGGUGCGCACCAAAAACACUGCAAAGAAGUGCACUGGUGGCUCAGCGCCACGUGUACACCUUAACAUACUCAAGACCGCCGCCAAGAGCCUUUCUAGAGAGCCGGCUGGGGGCCAAAGUUUGGAGAUGUCCAAACCGGUUCAUCACAAUGAGUUCUGUAUCCUCUGCUGGGAUGGCUCUGCAUCAUUUAAAGAGAAUACACUCUUUAUGUGCAACCACUGCCCCAGAGUGA